GUUUAAGAACCUCUUAGUAGUUUGCUGGUGGGAUGUAGGGAAGGGAGAUGAAGCUGAGAGUGCCCUGUGGCUGAGGUAAAGCCUUCUGGAAAUCUAAAGCCCUGCUGUGAAGCAGGCGAGGUGAUGUGCGGCCUUCCUGAGGAUGAUCUUGUGUUCUGAGACAAAACCGACCCUGGCUGUCCCGUUGCUGCCUAACCUGGUCUUUAAUUGCCCUUGAAACAGUUCUCGGGCAGAGUGUCCCGCAAAGAAGUGUGAAAGUCCUAUUUGGAGAGUGUAUCAUCAGCUGUGUGCGAUGUCAGAGAUUAUUUGUGCUGACGAAUCGUAAAUCGGAAUGACAUAAGGAGAAACUGGCUCAGGGAAGACGACUCAGAUCCCGCAGUACCUCUACGAAGCAGGAAUUGGCCGCCAAGGCAUCAUUGCUGUGACCCAGCCUCGCAGAGUAGCAGCUAUAUCUUUAGCUACCAGAGUCUCAGAUGAGAAGAAGACAGAGCUAGGGAAACUGGUUGGCUAUACUGUACGCUUCGACAAUCUUACAUCUGAUGAGACUAGAAUCAAGUUUUUAACAGAUGGAAUGCUGCUUCGCGAAGCUAUUGGGGAUCCAAUGCUGCGGAAGUACAGUGUUGUCAUCCUGGAUGAGGCCCAUGAGAGGACGAUCCAUACUGAUGUACUCUUUGGAGUGGUGAAAGCUGCACAAAAGAAACGAAAGGAACUGGGCAAACUGCCACUGAAAGUGAUCGUCAUGUCAGCAACAAUGGAUGUUGACCAGUUCUCCCAGUACUUCAAUGGAGCUCCUGUGCUCUAUUUAGAAGGCAGGCAGCAUCCCAUUCAGAUCUUUUACACCAAACAGCCUCAGAGUGAUUACCUCCAAGCAGCACUGGUGACAGUCUUCCAAAUCCACCAGGAAGCACCCUCUUCUCAGGACAUCUUGGUGUUUCUGACUGGUCAGGAAGAAAUUGAAGCAAUGACCAAAACUUGUCGGGACAUUGCCAAGCAUCUCCCUGAUGGCAGCCAAAAGAUGGUGGUGAUGCCGCUUUAUGCUUCUCUGCCCUAUUCUCAACAACUCCGCGUUUUUCAGGCUGCCCCCAAGCAUUGUCGCAAAGUGAUCCUCUCCACCAACAUCGCAGAAACCUCUAUCACCAUUGCGGGAAUAAAAUACGUUGUGGACACAGGCAUGGUCAAAGCAAAGAAGUACAGCCCUGAAAUUGGUCUGGAAGUGUUGGCAGUCCAGCGGGUGUCAAAGGCCCAGGCUUGGCAACGAACAGGGAGAGCAGGGCGAGAGGACAGUGGGAUCUGUUACCGGCUCUACACAGAGGAUGAGUUUGAGAAGUUUGACAAAAUGACAAUACCCGAGAUACAGAGGUGUAACCUGGCCAGCGUGAUGCUUCAGCUCCUGGCCCUGAGAAUUCCCAAUGUGCUCACCUUUGACUUCAUGUCCAAGCCAUCUCCUGAUGCUAUUCAAGCAGCGAUUGAGCAACUGGACCUCCUGGGAGCUGUGGAACGAAAGGAAGAUCAGCUUGUCCUAACCCCUCUGGGAAGGAAGAUGGCAGCCUUUCCACUGGACCCAAAGUUGUCUAAAACCAUCCUCCUGUCCCCCAAGUUCCACUGCACAGAAGAGAUCCUGACCAUUGUGUCGCUGUUAUCAGUGGACAGUGUCCUCUACAGUCCCCCUGCCCGGCGAGAUGAAGUGCAAUCCGUCAGGAAGAAAUUCAUCUCCAGUGAGGGGGAUCAUCUUACCCUGCUCAGUGUGUACAGGGCCUUCAAAAAUGUCAGCGGCAGCAAGGAAUGGUGCAAGGAGAACUUUGUCAACAGCAGGAACAUGAUGCUUGUGUCAGAUGUCAGAGCUCAGCUUAGGGACAUUUGUGUGAAGCUAUCGAUCCCAAUCGAGUCCUCCCGCUCGGACACUGGAAACAUCCGCCGCUGCCUGGCUCACAGCUUCUUCAUGAACGCUGCGGAGCUGCAGCCGGACGGCACCUACAGCACCGUGGACUCUCACCAGUUGGUGGCCAUCCACCCCUCCUCCGUGCUCUUCCACUGCAAGCCCGCCUGUGUGGUUUACAACGGGCUGCUUCACACCAACAAGUGCUACAUGCGGGACCUGUGCGUGGUGGAUGCAGACUGGCUGUACGAUGCAGCACCUGACUAUUUCCGCAGGAAACUCCGAACGGCCAAGAAUUGACCUGUGGGUCUGGGACUAACGGGUCGAGGGUUUUUAAGCUCACCGUAAAAGACUAUUUUUUGUUUUGUAAUGAAUGUACAGGAGCAGUAGAGCUUUGCUUUGCAAAUCGGGUUAAAACCUUAGAGGAAAAUGUCUUCUCCAUGAGAGCCAGAACCUCACAAAGUCUCCAUGGCUUAGAACAAUCACCCUUUUUUUAACAUUUAAUCUGUAAAAGGAGUGUACUCUGUGCACAUGUGUACAUAUGUGAUAAAUCUAUACUGGGAGGGAAAGGGGAGCUGGUAUCAGGUUCCAGUUUUUAACAGUUACUGAAGUUUGAGAGGGUUGUAUAUGAGAAAGUGAAAUCCUAAGAGCUCUUCUGAGCAGACUUGGUAUUUUUGAUGAUUGCGCUUGUAUCCUUAGCAGGUUUUAUUGGCAAAAAAAAGGAGUAAAAAGUUUUAAAUGUCUAUGUACAGGGAAAAAAAUGUCUGUCUUUACUAUUUCUAGAAGGGAGUUGCUACUGUCUUUUACCUCAUCAAACAUCUUCCUGCCUGCAUGUCAUGUUCACUUAUUUGGGACCAUCCAAAGGCCAGUAGUGGGGACGCCUGCUUGGCCAGGUCUCCACAGCCUCAUGGGCUGGCAGUGGUUUCUUGGAGAGGUUGUCCAGCCACCUGGGCAUUUGGCAUCAUUGUUGUUCACCCUUUUGCUGUUAGGGCAUGUUAUUCCUCAGCAAACGCCUCUGGCUGUUCUGACUCAGUCUGUGCACUUUUAGCUUUGGAGUUGGCACACCACAACAGCUAAUCAGGCCGACUUGGGGACGACUCAGCAAAAUGAGAGUGAAGAUGUGGUUUAGACACUGGACUUCCUCUAAAAGUCCUUGAUACCUUAAACAUCUGCGUCCUCUGCUCUGACACCAGUGCUUCUGCCUCCCCCCAACCCUGCCGCAGUUAUACUUUGGUUUUCCAUUAGAAGUUUGGAGCCUGACAUGGUCAAGAACCACAGAUCUACCAUUAGUAUUGCCUGUUUAUUUUCUUCCAUAUCCCCAUGGCAUCUACCUAUUUCUUUUUUUUUUUUUUCCUGUUGGAGAAAAGUGGCAAUACAAAACUUAAUUGUCUUUUUUAAAUACUGGCAUUAAGAAACUAGAGCCGCUCCAGAGGGAAAACUUGUUCUUUAAUGUGAAGGGCAGUGAAUUUAUUCCAGUAUCACUGUGUGUCGGUGGGGGGAAAAAUGUAAGUUGUUUUUAAAUGAUAUCCUAAGUACUUCUAAAAUAACCUCUCUGGGAGAGAUAACUUCCAGUUUCAGCAGAGUCUGUUGACAUAGCAUAUGAGUUUGUACAGAUUUUUGGAUGAGUUGAACUGAAGCAGGUUAGGUGUCUGAAAGGGUGGGAGAGGAAGCUGUUCCACACAUGUGGUGUCAUUGUGUAAUAUAACAGGAUUAGUUUACAUGGGCUGUGACAGGAUUGUGGUGUUCAGUCCUUGUGUUCUUCAAAAUAGCGACUUUAAAGAAAAAGCUUGUUACAUCAAUAGGGCUGCUCAGGGAUGGAGUCAUUGGCUGUGGCAAGCCCUUAUUCACCCCACUUGUUCUGGGAAAGCUGCUGGCUUUGCUUGUGAUCUGUGGGGACAAGCUGCAUUUUCCAUGUAAUAAUUUGUCCUUUCUGGUUACACACAUCACGGUUACACAACACAUUGUAAUAUGCCUUUUCUUUGGGCUCCAGUAUUGGCUUACCUUGGUUUUCUCUUUGAGAACUGGAGCAAAUACCUCUUUUGUUCUUUUGUUGUUUUGUUUUGUUUUUUAAACUGGAAUGUCACUUGUGCUGAUCUGCAAGUUGCUGUCUCCCAAAGAGUGUAAGUAGGUACCUGGUGUUAGAGCAGUCUCAUCUCAGCCCAUUUUUGGGAAGGGCGAUACUGAAUGCCUGCAGUGGAAACGGACACAUGUCCCUUUGUCAUGCCUCUCUGCAAUAUUGUUCUUUGGUGGUUUGAAAAAAAGGAGGAAAAAAAAGUGAGUGGGGCGUGGGCAAAACUUGCCACUCUUGUCUGUAUGGACUGGCUACAGUUUGGGAUUGGUAUUUCAAGAGCAUACAGCUAUUUCAAUUGUUCUCACAUGAAUUGCAGGAAAUUAUCAAAGCACUGUAUCUAUAGAUUUCUUGGUUUUACAGACUCUGCAUCUGUAGGGGAAAAUGGUGCAUAAGCACAUUUUGUUUGGGGAGUCUAAUUGUCUGUUUAAGAGAGGGGAUGGGUGUUUAUUUAGAAAUAAUUUGUAUAUUUUUCCCAAAAUAAAGACGUUAUUACAAAAA